CUCCCGCCGCAGCAGGGCCCGCGCCGGCGCCCCACACCUCCCGCCUCCCCGCCUGAGGAGGGCGGCAGCGCCGGGCGGGGUAACCGCGGCGGCCGCCGGGCUGACAGGAUUUUCGCGCUCGCCUGCCUCAGGCAGCGGCUUCUCACAGCGGGGCGCGGACAGGGCCGGCCGCCGGCUUCCUUUGUGGCACGCAUGGAGCCGGCCGCGCUGAGGGGGCGCGGGGAGGCGUCUCCUCACAGGGAUCGUCGAAGGCGGAGCGGACGGAACAGUGAGUCACCUACCAGACAUUAUUAGAGCUGUGACAACAAGAAACCAGAUGAAAUCUCUGAACUGUAUCUGCUUUCCAGACCACGGAAAUAUAGCAUAUUGAAUUGGCUUUGACUUACGCAAACUGCAAAGCCUGGGAUUGCUGGACAAUGAGGAAUAUAGAGCUUAUCAUUCACACAAGUGGGUGGAUUUGCUGCAUGCACAUGCAUCUGUGUCAACCUUUGAAGAAAAAGGAUUUCACUGACUGAAAAAUAAAAGUGGUUUUCUAAGGGAUUCUGUAAGCUCCGUUGAACUGCAAGGCUCAGCUCACUGAUGGCCUGAGGACAUCUCAGAGGGCUGCACAGCACCUGGGACUCUGCACCAUGCACAGACUCAGGAGACUACAUUUAAUGUAAAGACUGCUGAACUGUGUCCCUGGUACAUCCUGCCUCUCCCAUGGUGCUAACCAUGGACUGCUGCUAGACUGUGAUUAUAAUAUUUUGUUUUGUAGUUUACAUCUAAUACUGCCUACCUACUUCAUAGCAAGCUUUCACUGAUGGUAUUUUGGUCUUUGGAAGGCUUUCACUCUAAACAUUUGAGAAAGCAUCUCAACAUUGCACAUGCCUGAAGUUAAUUUAGGCAUUUUUUUAAAGGACAUGUAACACCAGGUAAAACUUCACAGCACUUGCACUCUGAGGUCUCCAGGUAGGUAUUCUGUUCUGGUGGUUUGGAGGGUGAAGGUUGAAAAAGUGAAAAAAAAAAAGGAGGCUUAGAAAUAGAGGGAGGGGGGAAACACCAAAAUAGAUAUUGGGUCACUGCAGAGUGCAGAAUAUUUGUGUCAGAAGAAAGACUGCUACAGCCCAGGUCCCUAUCUCCUGCAGAUGCACUUAGCUUUGCAUGCUGAUUAAAAUCCUUUGAAGCUGAUAGGACUGAAUAGGUGUGGUUGAAUUUCAACUGAUAUGUAAGUCCUCAAAUGCUGCAUAUUCCAAAGAAACGGCUUCUAUAUCAGAAGCCACCCUAACUUUUUUCUUAUUUCUGUUGUAUCCUUGAUAGAUAUAACCAAAGCUGGAAUUUCUUGAAUGUUCCAGUGCUGACCCUGGUCCUUCAACAUCCCGUUUAACUACUCACAUGAUAAAGUUAUUUGUAAAUGUUAAAUCUUUGCAGGAUUAUGGUCUAAAGGAGUCUUAGAGCCUGAUCCAACUACUUCAGAGGCCUGCCCUAGAUUUUGGUGAUCAGUGUAUCAGAGCCAUACUAAAAGGAUUAAGAUGCUGCCAGUGCUUAGUGAAGAUACAGUUUUCCUACAAGUACAGUUCAGCAUUCUAGUACUGACACAUUCAGAGCAUGUGAUAUAAUGGUGCAUGUUAUAUAGUGUAUCUCACCAUACUUAGGCUACCAUAACUCUGAUGGUUUACAGUGGCUCCAGUAGCCAUUGCUUUAUUUAUGCUUUCAUAAUCCAAAUGCUUAGCAGUGUAAAUAUUUCCUCUGUGUGGCUAUACACAGAGAGGUGUAUUUACUUAUAUAAUGUGUGAGGUCAUGUCACGGAGAAACACGAAGUUUUUGCUAGUGUCUGAGAUGAGUGGGUUACCUGCUGCAGUGACUGGGAGGCGUUAGGCAGGCUGCCAUGGCCUUAUCCCAGUGACUCUACCAUGCCUAGAGCUCUCCAGCAGACUAAGCCUUUCUGUGGAGAGGGCAGCACUGCAGAAGUAAAAUUACAUUUUAUAGCACUUCUACAGCUUGUAUAUAUUAGGCUUUUGUAAAAAAUAAAGGAAGAAACAUUAGAACCCUUUCCCUAGUGCUCCUACAGAAAUAUUCUGGGGCCUUCUUUUUUCCUCCAGCCACUCUACCCUUUCAUUUUACUUCUCUGCCUUCCCUGUGUCAGGAGAACCUUCCUUUUAUAUCACAGGUGUGGCUAACAGGACUGGGGAAAUGAUACAGGGAGACACUUGGCUCUUUUUUUUUUCUUUCACUAGCUAGUGGGAGAUACAGGAUGACCUACAACAGGAGAGAGGUGCCCUGAAUGUCUGUGGAGUACUGCUGAAAUGUGAACCAGGUGGUGGAAGAUGAGGCAAAAAAAGAGGAAUUUUUGUGUAAUCACAUGAGUAAGGUCGUCUUCACAAAGAAGAACUGCUUCUAAAUGCGUUCACAUCCUGUUGAAGAUGAAAGGAGAAGAAGCCAAGUUUAGUCAGACGGGAACUGGGAUUAAAACUCAGUACAUCUGCUCUCCGAGGCUAGGCUUUGACCCUGUCACCACCCGAGAUGCUUUGAAGUUUGCCCACACCUUUAUUUACUGCAGACUGGAUUAUUGUGACUCCUGCAAAACUGCCUGCCCAGGAGAAGUCGAGGUUACCUUGUCCCACAUACGACCAGUUGAAAGAACUCUGGCUCAGAAAAAAAAGACUUAAGGUGUCCUUGCAUGUUUUUCAGGUGCUUUUGAGUCACUUUGCUGUACUGCUGGCUGUGAAAGUGAGAGAACAGCUUCUGCAGAUGAAAGGCCAGCAACGAUAGCACUGGAAUGUGACCUCGGGCAUUUAUCAGAAUGACAUUGUCUGUCAGACGAUACUGCAUUCUUAUUUUUACGACCACUUUUGGCAUGGAAUCAGGUUUUCAUAGAACUGUGAUUGAUUCGUCUUCACUUUGUUCUUCUGGAAAGCUGAGUGAGGUCAGAAGAAAAGCUGGUAAUUGGUUUAAAUGAGCAUAGGAUUGACUCCAGUGAAAGAACAAAAAGCGUUACUGAAGGAAGAGAACAUGAAAAUCUGUAUUUAACUAAUGAUUCUCACCGGAGAUAAAUAUGAUGACAAACUUCAAACCAAAAGCAGGAAAAUACCUAUGCUAACCAUUAUGGCCUUUCAUGUGAUGCAGGAGAAUGUCAAGAUUUCACCUUCAUAAGCCACCAAAAGGAAUAAUAUGCUUGGAAGUACUUGGUAGUGUUGAUUACCUAUACUCCAGCACAAGAGCUCCAGCUUAAUCCUUUUCAAACACUUCUCUCAGAACAUGGGGGAAAACGAUGAUGAAAAAUACAGUCAAGCUGGCCAGAUAUUUGAAAACUUUGUACAAGCGUCAACAUGCAAAGGUACAAUUCAGGCCUUUAAUAUUCUCACUCGCCAACUUGAAUUAGAUCCUUUGGACAAUAGAAAUUUUUACACCAAACUGAAGUCAAGAGUGACCACGUGGAAGGCCAAAGCUUUGUGGAACAAGCUUGAUAAAAGAGCAAGUCACAAAGAAUAUAAACGCGGAAAAUCUUGUAUGAACACUAAGUGUUUAAUUAUUGGAGGUGGCCCAUGUGGCUUGCGGACUGCCAUAGAACUUGCCUUUCUGGGAGCCAAAGUUGUCGUUGUGGAGAAGCGGGACACUUUUUCAAGAAACAAUGUGUUGCAUCUCUGGCCAUUUACAAUUCACGACCUCCGGGGACUGGGAGCAAAGAAAUUCUAUGGAAAAUUCUGUGCAGGAUCUAUUGAUCACAUCAGUAUUCGACAACUUCAACUUAUCCUCUUCAAAGUUGCACUUAUACUAGGAGUUGAAAUCCAUGUGAAUCUAGAAUUCGUGAAAGUCCUGGAGCCUCCUGAAGAUCAAGAAAACCAAAAGAUAGGUUGGAGGGCUGAAUUUCUCCCCAUGGAUCACCCUUUGUCAGAGUAUGAAUUUGAUGUUAUUAUUGGUGCAGAUGGCCGCAGGAACACAUUAGAAGGUUUCAGGAGGAAGGAGUUCCGUGGAAAGCUGGCCAUAGCUAUCACUGCCAAUUUUAUAAACAGAAAUACAACUGCAGAAGCCAAGGUAGAAGAAAUUAGUGGUGUUGCUUUCAUCUUCAAUCAGAAGUUCUUCCAGGAUCUUAAAGAGGAAACGGGAAUUGACCUGGAGAAUAUUGUUUACUAUAAAGAUAGUACUCAUUAUUUUGUGAUGACAGCAAAAAAGCAGAGUCUUCUGGACAAAGGAGUGAUUAUUAAUGACUAUAUUGAUACUGAGUUGCUUCUCUGUGGGGAAAAUGUGAACCAGAGCAAUUUGCUGUCCUAUGCCAGAGAAGCUGCUGACUUUGCAACCAACUACCAGCUGCCUUCCUUGGAUUUUGCAAUUAAUCACUAUGGGCAACCAGAUGUAGCAAUGUUUGAUUUUACUUCCAUGUAUGCAUCUGAAAAUGCUGCACUAGUGAGACAGAGACACAGACAUCAGCUCCUGGUGGCACUUGUUGGAGAUAGUUUGCUUGAGCCCUUUUGGCCAAUGGGUACUGGCUGUGCAAGAGGCUUCUUAGCUGCUUUUGAUACUGCAUGGAUGGUGCGGAGCUGGGCUCAAGGAAAACCCCCAUUAGAAAUUCUUGCUGAACGAGAGAGCAUUUAUCGACUCUUGCCUCAGACUACCCCUGAAAAUAUUAACAAGAACUUCGACCAGUAUACCAUUGACCCUGGAACAAGAUACCCAAAUUUGAACUCAAACUGUGUUCGACCUCACCAGGUGAGACAGUUAUAUGUUACCAAUGAGUUACAACAAUGUCCUCUUGAAAGAGUGAGCUCCAUUAGAAGAUCAGUGAAUCUCUCAAGACACGAGUCAGAUACUCGACCUAACAAGCUUUUGACCUGGUGUCAGAAGCAGACAGAAGGGUACCGUAACGUUAACGUCACAGACCUGACUACCUCCUGGAAAAGUGGCCUUGCGCUGUGUGCGAUUAUCCACCGCUUCAGACCUGACCUCAUUGACUUUGAUGCUCUGAACGAAGAGGACGUUGUCAAAAACAACCAGCUGGCAUUUGAUGUUGCUGAGCAGGAGUUUGGGAUCCCCCCUGUGACCACGGGGAAGGAGGUGGGGUCGGCUGGCGAGCCUGACAAGCUCAGCAUGGUCAUGUACCUCUCCAAGUUCUAUGAACUGUUCAGGGGCACACCUCUGCGGGCAGUAGAUGCUGGUGACAAGCAAAAUGGAGAACAUAACGAUCUUUGUUCAGCAAAAUCAUCCAACUUCAUCUUUAAUAAUUAUAUCAAUUUAACUUUUCCAAGAAAACGAGUACCAAAGGUUGAAGGGAAAACAGAAGAACAUGAGUCUAAUAAAAGACGUCGAAAAGGUCUUUUUGGUGUCUUCGAGGAGGCUUCAGGCUUUUCAAGCCAAAGGACGAAUGGGAAAGAACAGAGUGAUGUCAGAGAAGGAACAAACCAGAAUAGAGUUAAAUCAAUGGCAACUCAGCUGUUGGCAAAGUUCGAAGAGAAUGCUCCAAAUACAAUUUUUCGGAGGCAGGAGCUAAUAGAUAGACCAGCCCUGCUCUCUUCUGACCCUCCUGUUAAUCCUCGCUUUGCUAAGCCUAAGGAUUCAAGUCUUCUUCCUCCACAACCAAAAAGGCAGUUUCAGGUGGUAGCUAGGAGUGAACACGAGGUCAGGGAACCCAAACAGUCUUUAAAUGGUUCUGAUCAUAUGGCCAGGAGAGCAAAGACUGUACAAAAAACAGAUACCCAGCCCAGUCUGUCAGAAACCUCUGAAAAUCUCGCAUCUGCCUGUUCUGCUGCAUUUGUACUUUCUGGAGUGCUUGAGCGUCUUCAGCACCUGGAGGAAAAAAUGAAACAGAAAAGAGCUCAGACCAUAGCAAAUAGGGAAUUCCAUAAAAAGAACAUUAAAGAGAAAGCAGCACAUCUUGCCUCAAUGUUUGGAUACAUGGAGUUUCCAAAGAAUAAACUACCUACUAAAGGCUUAUCCCAUUCUCAGCCUCCAACUCCCUCUUGCUCUCCACCUCAUGAUUCAGCUACUGCCUCUUCUCCAUCAUCUGUCGAUUCAGCUUCCCCUGCUGUUCCUUCUAGACAGGCAUCUCUGCGAAAAGAAUUCCCUCAGUCUGUUGGAGGGAGUGACAUUUGUUACUUCUGCAAAAAACGGGUAUAUGUUAUGGAGCGGCUGAGUGCAGAAGGCCACUUCUUUCAUAGGGAGUGCUUCAAGUGUGAAAUAUGUUCUACAACACUCCGUUUAGGAAUUUACGCCUUUGAUGUUGAAGAAGGUAAAUUUUACUGUAAACCUCAUUUCACGCACUGCAAAAUCAGUACUAAGCAGAGAAAGAGAAGAGCAACCUUACAGAUCCAAGGAAAGGAGACAGCAGAAGCGUGGAAGAAAGAGGAGCCCAAACCCACAGAGACCACCACAGAAAGCACUUUGCCUACUGCUAGCAGUCCAGAGGACAGGUCCCCAGGUAUCCUGACUUCCUUCUUUAGGGGCACACUAAGCUGGCCCCUUCGGGUGACAAGGGAUCUGCUUGACAUUCCCAGACGCCUGUCUAACUGGAUGCAUGGUUUUCUGCACGCUACCAAUCUUCAUUUCAGGGACAAUGCAUAUAACUAUACCUACUUGUAUGAACUCUUGAGCCUUGGUGUGCCAUUCCUCUGUGCUCUUCUAGAGGUACUUACUCAUAUGUACCGGGAAGCAGAGCUAUCACUUGAAAAUAUGCUUGAAUGGGUGAAAAGAAUUCUAUAGGGUUUAAAUUCUUCUAUGUGUCUUGCUCAAUUUUGCCUUUCAGAUUUUCAAAAUUAACAGCCUCACUAUUUUCUUGAGGGUUUUUUGUUUGCUUGCUUUUUUACUUUUCAUACAGUUUAAUGUGUGACUUAAAUGAAUGAUGGAUUCCUUCUGAUAUAAAUGAGGUGCAGUCAAAAAUUUCAAUAUAAAAUGUACUGUAUGUUAGAGCAUGAAGGGCAGUGUCCAGACACAUUUCCAGAACACAGCAACGGAUGAAGGAUGUUCAUAGAUUUUUUUUUUUUUUUUUUCCCCUUGUUUUAUCCUGUGAUCAGACCAUGGGGCAUAUGGUACAUUUAAAAACCAUGCUCCCACCUGCUCUCCUCCUUUUUCUUUUUUUCAUUAGACCAAGAAAGAAUAUGUAUUCUUUCAGAUGUUUGGGGAAUAUUUAUGAUAAAUGACUGGGUUUUGAAACCUGGACAUGGCGCGAGGCUCUUUUUUUUUUUUCUUGCUUUCAUCUUUGCUCUGCGUUAUGAAGUUUAUAAUUUGCAUGAAUAUGUUAAAAAAAGAAAAAAAAAAUUAGUCAUGUACUUAAUUGCCAUUGCUCCUAGUCAUGCCUUUUUUCAUUUCUUACAUGUGAUAGAUACCCUUUGAUGAUAGUGGGCAUAAUCUGUACUACUAAUUUAUUUAAAGUUUUGAAAUAAAUUUGAAGAGCAAA